AGCAUGCGGAUCGCGGGCGCCAAGGUGACGGGCAAGCGCAAGGUGCGGUGGGUGUGCUUCCGGGGCGGCGAGGCGCGUCACCACCGCCGCCCGCCCGUGGACGAGGCGGUGCUGCGGCAGGCCAAGGCCGAGGGCCGGCGCAAGCCGACGACGGACCGCGCCAGCAAGAAGUGCGGCUGCCUCUUCAAGUUCGAGGUCGUCGAGACGGCCAGGGACAGCGACGUCUGGGUCCUGCACUACCCCAACGAGGAGCACAAGGUGCACAACCACGGGCCCUCGGACACCACCAGCGACCCCCGCGCCCGGAAGCUGCCCGGCUUCAUGGCCGCCGAGGUCGACCGCUGGCUGAGGGAGGGCUGGCUGGUGAGCAAGAUCCAGGAAGAGCUCCGCAGCAGGGGGUUCACCAACGUGCUCAACACCGAUCUGUACAAUCGGAAACGGCUCUUGAAGAAGGAUGGCGGCCGGGAGGGGGGGAAUAGGGGUGGGGGUUGAGGGGGCUUCAUCUGAUUAAUUAUUAAUCACAGCGUUUGACUCUUGGGUAGGUACUUUGCUUCGUUUGAUAUUAUUAACACUGAUACCCUUGCCUAUU